AUGGAUCCGGUUACUGCAUCCAUCCACGGUCACCAUCUUCCUCCACCCUUCAACACCCGUGAUUUCCAUCACCAUCUCCAGCAGCAGCAGCUGCAUCUCAAGUCGGAGGACGACCAUGGCGGCGGCUCUCCGUUCGGCGGCCACGGCACCAAGCACGGCCACGAGGAUGACGAGAACAGUGGCAACGGCAACGGCAGCGGCGGUGAGCUUGCUCUGAUUUCCCCUUCAGGUGGCGGACUGCAGGAUGGAGGUGAGAACGGAUCGCGCCGACCGAGGGGCCGCCCGGCCGGGUCCAAGAACAAGCCGAAGCCUCCAAUCAUCAUUACGCGGGACAGCGCUAACACGCUCCGGACGCACGUCAUGGAGGUCGCGGGCGGGUGCGACAUCUCCGAGAGCAUCACGGCGUUCGCCCGCCGCCGGCAACGCGGGGUCUGCGUGCUGAGCGGCGCGGGCACCGUGACCAACCUCACGCUGCGGCAGCCUGCCUCGCAGGGCGCGGUUGUCGCCCUCCACGGCCGGUUCGAGAUACUCUCACUGUCUGGCUCCUUCCUACCCCCUCCAGCACCACCGGAAGCCACAGGGCUCACCGUCUACCUUGCCGGCGGGAAGGGGCAGGUGGUGGGCGGCACCGUUGUCGGCUCGCUGACCGCUGCGGGGCCGGUGGUGAUAAUGGCAGCUUCCUUCGCGAACGCUGUCUACGAGCGAUUGCCGUUGGAGGAAGACGAGUUGCUUGCAGCGCAAGGGCAGGCAGACAGCGCCGGGAUGCUGGCUGCGGGGCAGCAAGCAUCUCAGAUGGCCGGCGGAGACGUGGAUCCAAGCCUCUUCGAAGGGCUGCCACCGAACCUCCUCGGCAACGUGCAGCUCCCGCCUGAAGCUGCCAGCUACAGAUGGAACCCAGGCACAGCCGGUGGCCGCCCGUCACCGUUCUAA